CAAACUCCUUCACAGCCAAAAUUUUACUAAAAAAAUAAAACCCAUCUUCUAUAUCACGAACACAUCCUUAAGAACCAAGAUAAUUUUCUUCUUCAUCUCUCUAAUCCAUCUGUUAUCUCACAUAAAUCAACAGAUUUCCAUUCCAUCUACUCCAUCUGAUGAUUCUUGUUCUGCUUUGAUAUUAUCCAGAUCCGUAAAUUUCUCAGAUAGAAAAAGAUUUGUGCUGAUAGUGGAAGAUGCUUCUUACACAGGUUGGUGAAAAGGUUGAGCGCGCUGUUGCAAAAGAUGGGCCCUGCCAGCUUGGUCGAAGGCAUGAAAGAAAAAACAUUCUGUGGCAAAUUUCUAUCUGUGGUUGGUCUGAUACACUUGUUUUUUUUACCUAUUAUGAAAGCAUUGUAAAGAUCUACCUGAGCGAAGCUCUCCUUUCUGUUGGAUGGUUUUUUUUGGUCUGUGGUAGCUUGGUUGAGCAGGAACAUCAUAGAUUAACAUCCAAUGGAACCAUGCUUCAUCUUUCAAGCGUGAAGAAACACGACACCUAUGAUGCUCCUAUCAAACUUAAAAGGAAAAUAUAAUUUUCCAUGCUGGUUUUCGCCAGUUCGUUGCUAGGAACCAGGUCUGAGGGAGCUCAAUUUAGGGAAGGAGUUCUUUUAUUGAAGACUCGUGGACAGGGUUUGAAGCCAAGGCUUCUUUACAAACAAAAAAGAAGCUUCAAUUGAUUGGAAUUUUUGCCUCACCUUGGCCACAAGCUAUAGAAGAAAAUCAGAUGUAUAAUUGGUAACUAUUAUUCUCCUUUGGCAUGGAUUACUCGUUCUUACAUUAUCUGCAAUUUAUAUGUUUCUAUAUACAAAGAAUAUGUGCAGUAUAAGUAUAAGGCAAAAGAUAUUCCAUAUUGGGAGCGAUGUGUAUAACAAAUGUGAAGUUGUUGCCAUCGAGUGGUUAGUUCAAGAAAUCCUCAACUUCCAACUUUUUUUGCACACUUACGACUUCUUAUGGUAUUGUUUCCUUCCCAUUCGAUCUCCACUUUAUACUCUUCAAUUUACUAGUGAGACGCACUGCACCCAUAUGCGCCCAGCCCAGUUUAUCCCCGACCAUUUAGUUUUAGUUCCUGAUUCUGUAAGGAUUGUUAUUUCUCAUUGUCAAUUCUGAGAAUUAAGGCCAAAUUUUGCUAGGAUCCAUCUGAAAGCAGCAUAUGAGGGGGACGAAGAGAUGGAGGACAGAGCCAAGUAUCUUGCAGUCAGUUUUUGGUGGACCUUGACAUGCUGUGCUAGUGGCCAUCAACUGUUGCUACCGGUUAGGUCAUUCUUUCACCGUUGGCAUUCAAUCAGGAUUUGUGUGGGCAUACUUCGUUAUUUUGCUAGUUCGAGCUUGCCUUCAAGAAACCUUGAACUUUAGGACUUGUAGCACUUCUCUUUACUAAACCUUGAACUUAUUAAUUAGGACUUAUUGGUGUGAAUUCAGGAAUUGAAUCAUUGUUGUAUGAUUUUGAACUAAAUUUAUGAAUACAAUUUAAUAUAAUGGAUGUGAUUUUGUACGAUGAA